UCAAGGCGAAUUGAGUACUACCAUCCUUGGGUUUUCUUCACUUCAAUUAUUUGCUUAUUUCGUAAACAAUUUAUAAGUGAAAUCCUAAUAUUCGUUUAAUCUUUCCGGUGUGAGAAAAUCAAGUUGUGCUAUUCCGGGGUAUUUGUUCAAAUAUUCCACAGCCGAACAAAACCGACACAGAAAUCAGCUAACUGCUUCUAGCUUUUCGCUUCGUUUUUGUGAGCCUAUUUCUGGUAUUAUUUUUCUCUGCAUUGAUUGUGAAAGUUGUUAAAAAAGUGUGAGACUUAUUUAAUUGCUUUAAAAUGGCGGAUGAAUGGCCCUCGCAAAAGUUUCGCCAAACUAUGAUAGCGAAAAUAAAUCAAGCACUACAAACGACGGAUCCUACGAAGAAUGCUGGCGUUAUGGAGAAUCAUAUUUUUAAGAAAUCACGCGGCAAAGAAGAGUAUAUGGGAUUGGUGGCGAAGCUGUUUAUGCAUUUUCAAGAUUUAGCACAAAGAAAGCCGGCGCAAGCGCCGCCCCAACAGAAUUCCGAAAUGAACCAGCAGGGUAUGAUGCCAGAUCCGUUAAAUGCGCUCCAAACACUCGCCAGUCAAGGUAAUCGCAAUGCUCAAAUGGCCGGCGGUCCCAAUCCCAACCAAAUGGGUCCGGGUGGUCCUGUUGCGGCAUCCAACUUGCUGCAAACUCUUAAUCAACAACGGCCUGGACAGCAGAUGCAGCAAAUGCAGGGCAUACGUGGUCAAAUGCCAAUGGGCGCUGGUCCUAGUCAACAGAUGAUGCAGCAAAUGGGUGGCAAUAUGGGUGGUGGCAUGCAAAUGAAUGUUAUUGGGGGUGGUGGUGGUAUAGGUAAUACAGGUGGAGGACAGCAGCCGCAUAUGGUUGGCAAUGCCCAGCAAAUGGGUGGAAUGCCGAGCCAAAUGAAUCAAAUGGGCAGCGGUGGGCCUGGCGGUCCGGGUGGACCUGGUGGCGGAACCCAGCAAAUCCAGCUGGGCCCAGGACAGAUGCAAGGCGGACCUAUGAAUGUAAAUGCAAUGAAUGUGCAGCAGAUGCAACAAAUGGGACAACAACAAAUGGCUCAAAUGGGCAUGAACCAUCAGCAGUUAAAUCAAAUGAUGAACGCGCGUUUGAACGCGACCGGUCCCAUGGGUCCUAAUGCCGGGCCACAAGGCAUGCAAGGCAUGGCACCCAAUAUGCAACAGAAUCAAGGUGGCCCAAUGCAUGCGGGUACUGUAGUGGGCGGACCGCAAGGUCAGCAAGGUGGUGGCAUGCCGCAAAAUGCUGGACAGCAAGGUGGCAUGGGCCAAAUGAUUGGCAUGGCUCCAAAUAUGCAACAGAAAGCAAACAUUCCUAUGGGGCAAAGUGGACAGAUGUUUCAGGUGAAUCGUGGUGUUCCGGGCCAACAGCAACAGUUCUUGCGACAAAGUCCUUCCCCGAGCACUGUGCCCUCGCCUGCUGGAAUGGCCGCUGCACAACAGCAAUUGCAACAGCAGCAGCAGCAACAACAACAACAGCAGCAAACGGCACAAAAUCAGCAGCAACAGCAACAACAACCCCAAAUGUCCAAUGCGCAGAUGAUUCCAAGUCCAGCACUAGUGCCAACAUCAAGUCCACAAAUGUCAAACCUAAUGCAGAACACCCAGCGGCAAAUGCGCCAAUCGCCUAGCGCGCCGCUGAAUACACCCGGUCAGGUGGCAAGCAACAGUCCAUUUAAUCCGCAGGAAGAUCACUUAUAUCGUGAAAAAUACAAACAGCUAACAAAGUACAUAGAACCGCUAAAACGCAUGAUGGCAAAAAUCGGGACUGAUGGAGCGAAUACCGAAAAAUUCACAAAAAUGAGCAAACUAUUUGAGAUUUUGAGUAAUCCAAAUCAGCGUGUACCACUAGAAACCUUAUUGAAGUGCGAGAAGGCGUUGGAAAAAUUGGACAUCGUCAACUUCACAGGACAGCAAUUUGGCAAAUCAUCCAACCCACUAAUGGAAGUCGUAAAUACAACGCUUCAAAGUCCCAUUGCCAAUCAUACGCUUUAUCGCACUUAUCGUCCUAGUUUGGAGUUACUUUUCGGAACUGAUAUAUGUGCGCCUGCACCACCGAAAAUACAGCGCUUGGCUGAGAAAUCGUCUCAGUACGAGUGCGAGAUACCUCACAUACUGCAGGGCGAAAUAGCACGAUUAGAUCAGAAAUUUAAACUGACGCUCGAUAGUACCGCUCAAAACAACCCGAAAUCGAUUAAAGUGAUAUGCUGUCUCGAUGACAAACGCUUGCCAUGUGUUCCACCGAUCACUGUUACUAUUCCAGAGGAAUAUCCUGCUGUGUCGCCUUCUUGCGCUUUGGCUCAACAUGAAUAUGGUACUACUCCAUUUUUGAAAGCAGUGCAGGAGGCACUGAAGGCACGCAUUGCCAAGUUGCCGAAAUUGUAUUCGUUGUCCCACUUACUGGAUACUUGGGAGAUGUCAGUGCGGCAGGCUUGUUCACCAACCACGAAAAAUGUCUUGGAUUUAGCUGCUGUAUUUGGCGCUUAAGAAUGCUCGAGAAUUUUUUCCUUUUUUUGUGUUUUUUUUUUGUACUGAAAAACCUUGCUUUAUUUUAUUGUGUUGGUUUAGUAUGCAGAAUCAUAAUUAUUGUUUUUUCUUUUUACCGUUUUUUGUAUGUCAUAUAUUCAUUUUU